UGUUUUCUUGGUUAACUCUUUUUUUCUCUUCUUGUUUCCCGUCUCUCUGCCUUCUUCCUUCUUCCAUUUCCUUUCCUUUCCUUUCCUUCUCCUUCUCCAUCGUAGUCUUGGCAGACUCCAAGCUCUAACGCUCUAGUCAUGGAGCAUGCGACACCCUUGGGGAUUGGUUCAGAGUGCGACGUUGAGGAACCGCCGGGUAUCAUAGUUGUCUCAUAUCUGCAACUAAUAAAGCUCUCAGGGGUGAUGUCUUUCAUGGAGUAGUUCAGUCUUUGUAGACUCCAAGCUUCGGCACUUCACAGUCGUCUCGUCGUUUUUGCUGUGUUAAAAUGGCUGUCUCACUCGACGAGAAGAAGAAUUUUACUCUGAAAAAGUCAGAGGAGGCUUUCACUGCUGCUAAGGAGUUGAUGCCUGGAGGUGUAAAUUCCCUUGUUCGUGCUUUUAAAUCUGUCGGCGGACAACCUAUUGUCAUUGAUUCUGUCAAGGGCUCUCACAUGUGGGAUAUUGAUGGCAAUGAGUACAUUGAUUAUGUUGGUUCAUGGGGACCUGCAAUUAUUGGCCAUGCAGAUGAUGAGGUUCUAUUCUUUCUUUGGAAUCCAAUACAUAAUUUGACAAUUCUUAAUCCAUUAUCUAGGGAGAUUCUUCAGAAAGGCAGGAAGAAGAUAGUUUUCUCAACAUGA